AUGAGAAGCCAAGAGGCACGUUCCAGCUCUUCUUGUGCUGCUUGCAAGUUCAUGAAAAGAAGGUGCACCCCUCACUGCCUCUUUGCACCUUAUUUCCGAGCCGAUGAACCCAACAAGUUCGCCAAGGUUCACAAGGUCUUCGGUGCCAGCAAUGUCACCAAGAUUCUGAACGAGGUGCCCGAGCCACAACGGCAAGAUGCUGUCAACUCCCUGGUCUUUGAGGCCGAAGAGCGCCUCAAAGACCCUGUAUAUGGCUGCAUUGGAGCCAUAGCCUCUUUGCAGGACAAGAUGUUCCAGCUUCAGCAUGAUUUGGCGGUUGCCAAAGCCCGUCUGGCUCGAUGCUCCUCCAGAGCAUCUUAUGCUUCUUGUUCCACUACGUCACCGUUGAUGAUGUUGGAUGGUGAGUUUGGGUUGACGUCGUUCGAUGACUUCAUGGUCGUGGAUCAGGGCGGAUUGACGACCGACUUUCGUCAACACCCCUUUCCGUGACACUUGACGGUUUGACCCUGCACAGGAAAACGAGAGUUGUAGCGUCGUUAUUUAGGGAUUCACGACAUGAUCUCCUACAAUUCCAUUUGACGGGUUUCUAAAGUUAAAGAUCGUCGGGUUGGGUUGGGUUGGGUUCGUGGAGUGGGCAUAAAAAAGUUAGAAUUCUAUGGAAAAAGAAGCAAUUAAAAUGGGUGGUGUUGUAAUUAUUGAUGUUGAAAGAAUGCCAAAGAGAUGCUUAUUC